GCGGCUCUCUCCCCUCUCUGGCAGAAGGGCAUCCGCAUUCUCAAUUACCUCGACGACUGGCUAGUUCUAGCUCAGUCAGAGGGGGAGGCAUUGGGUUACAGAACUGUGCUCCUCAGCCAUCUGGAAUGCCUGGGGCUCAGGGUGAACUUUGUCAAGAGCUCACUGUCCCCCAGCCGGCGGAUAUCGUUUCUGGGAACAGUGUUGGACUCAGUGACAAUGAGGGCAACAAUGGUGAAGGAGCGCGCUGCGGCUCUACAGCGACUUGCGGCCUCUUUCAAAAUAGGUGCUUCUCGACCCCUAAAGACAUUCCAGAAGCUGCUGGGUCUUAUGGCGGCGGCAUCGCCGGUGCUGGAGCUCGGGCUGCUUCGUAUGCGCCCCCUCCAAUAUUGGCUGAAGCCACGUGUUCCACCUCAUGCAUGGCGUCACGGACGCUUGAAUAUCAAGGUGAGUCAGGACUGUAUUUCGGCCCUGACCCCUUGGAGGGACAUGCAAUGGAUGGAACGGGGUGCUCCACUUGGUAUGGUUUGCAGAAGGAAAGUGAUCUCCACAGACGCGUCCAACAAGGGUUGGGGCGCGCUGUGCGAAGGGAAACCCGCUUUCGGCCAAUGGUCGAAAGAGGAGAGCAGGCUUCACAUCAACUGCCUCGAGAUGAUUGCAGUUCAACGAGCCUGCCAGAGCUUCCUGUCAGACCUAAAGAGCCACCACGUGCUGGUCAGAUCGGACAGCAUGACGGUGGUCUCUUAUAUAAAUCACCAAGGUGGGCUGUCGUCGACGCGUCUCUUCAGACUGACGUCGCGACUGCUGGAAUGGACCCAAAGCAAUUUGGGGUCCCUGAGAGCAGUGCAUCUUCCGGGCAAGCUGAACAAGGGCGCGGAUAUGCUGUCAAGAAGCGGAGUCUCCUCAGAAGAGUGGAGACUCCACCCGCAGACGGUUCAGAAGAUAUGGGAGGUCUUUGGCAGAGCGGAAAUAGACCUCUUUGCCUCAAAAGACAACUCUCAUUGCCCAAUAUAUUUUUCCAAGAUCAAGGACGCGUUGUCCCAGGACUGGCCCAACCGUCUUCUUUAUGCUUUUCCUCCGGUCCCUCUGAUUCCCCAAGUAAUCAGGCGGGUCAGGGACCAGAGAUGCAGGGUUCUGCUUGUAGCCCCAUUCUGGGAAAAUCAGCACUGGAUAGCCGACCUGUCGCAGAUGCUGACUGCAGCCCCAUGGCCCGUUCCCCUGAGACGGGACCUCCUUUCUCAGGCGGACGGGACGAUUUGGCAUCCACACCCAGAGAAGUGGUCUCUGCACAUUUGGUCGCUCGACGGGAGCCCGCGGGACUCCCUGAGCGUGUGCUAGACACAAUUUCACAGGCUAGAGCUCCGUCUACACGACGCCUCUAUGCCUCCAAAUGGUCUGUGUUCUCCACAUGGUGUUCAGACCAUGGUGAGAGCCCGACCUCUUGUGACGUAUCAGUGAUACUGUCAUUUUUGCAAGAGCUCUUGGAGAAGGGACGAUCCCCCUCCACGCUCAAGGUCUAUGUAGCAACUAUAGCGGCAUCACACGCCCUUAUAACAGGCCAGUCGGUGGGCAGAAACGACUUAGUCGUCCGAUUUAUGAGAGGUGCCAGACGGCUUCAUCCGCCUUGCCCUCCCACCGUCCCUUCUUGGGACCUGCCCACGGUGCUGAGAGCCCUGAAGGGGGCCCCCUUUGAACCGCUACAGUCCAUAGGCCUUAAAGCCCUGUCGCUAAAGACCGCUCUGCUAUUGGCACUAGCGUCUGUUAAGCGUGUGGGUGAUUUGCAAGCACUUUCGAUAAGCCCUAAUUGCCUAGAAUUCGGGCCUAACGACUCGAGGGCCCUCUCUGCGUUACAAAACACAGAGGAGGAUCCAGGGCUGAAUCUACUUUGCCCAGUGAGGGCUCUAAAAGUCUACAUAGAGCGUUCUGCACCAAUAAGACGAUCAGAACAGCUCUUCAUAUGCUUUGGAAACCGCACCAGAGGGUUACCGGUCUCUAAGCAAAGACUUUCAAGGUGGAUUGUGGAUGCAAUCCAGCUAGCCUACUCUUCUUUGGGCCUGCAAAGCCCAAUUGGAGUAAGAGCCCAUUCGACGAGAGCAGUGUCUUCGUCUUGGGCAUGGUCUAAUGGUGUGACUAUCGCAGAAAUUUGUGAGGCGGCUGGCUGGAGCUCGCCGUCCACAUUUGCUAGAUUUUACAAUCUAGACGUCCCAGCGCUUCAUGCUAGGGUACUUUCUGUGUGAAGGUCACCUUCUUGUUCCUCAUUUGCAUGCUCUUGGCCAUUCUUGCCCAAGGCUCAAACUCUACUCGUAUGCACUCGGUCCCUUGGCUACUGAGGCGAUACGAACACGGGAUGAUCAGGCUAGGCCAGACGUAACCUCAUUGAGCUUAUUCUGCCCCUAGUUGCUAUUAUCAUAUCUUGGUUUAACAAAUCAAGUUUGAUUGCGUUGGUCGUCCUCCCUUCUUAGCAUGGCGUGAUUGAACUGGGUUCCCAUAUGCGUCUUCGACGCAGUACGAGUGAAGUAUUGAAAGGGAACGUACUCGGUUACUAACGUAACCUCGGUUCCCUGAAAUACGGGAACGAGUACUGCGUUCCUUGCCAUGCUAAAAAGGCUGCACAACUCAGUCGUCGCUUCAGUCGAAGUAACCUGAAUUCCUGUGGCGAAGCGGCCAAUAUAUAGCCAGAUUCCCCGCCCAUAUUGGCGGGCUUUGGCGGGCUUCGCUGCCAUAGGUUCGUGCAGCACCGCUGCCAAGCCAUUGGUUUGUUUUAAUAGCACUGCACGAUCCAAUGGCUGUGCAGUUUCACUGCGUGAUUGAAUAAGGCUUCAGUUCAGGAGAAAAAGGGGGUUUUUCCCAUAUGCGUCUUCGACGCAGUACUCGUUCCCGUA